CACAAAACAGCUUGCAGGCAGCGGGCGGGCGCGGCUCCACUGCGCAUCUGGCCGGAGGGUUUCCCUGGGUUAGUGGCUGAGCGCCUGCCCCGGUGACUCGGGUCUCUCUCUGGCUGGCCAUUCCGUGGGGCCGUUUCCUAUCAGCUGGUGAGGGCAGAUGCUAAUCUAGCAACACCAUCUAAGCCACCGGAGCCCAGGAAGCCAGAGAGAUCAGAAAGAAAGAGAAGCCCAGGAGGAGAAAAAGGGCUCCCAGGAGCCCAGCUCCAUCAAGGGCUCCAAGGAGCGGAGACCCAUCACAUGGGAGCAAGUGCAAAAUUGAAAAUGGCUUCCCCAGAACCUAAGGGCCUUGCCCUCUUCACGAGGGAGUCUCUAGAACUUAUGGAACAGCGUAUUGCUAAAAAACACAAUGAGGAACAAGAGGAAGAUUUAAAGCCAAACACUGACUUGGAAGUUGGAAAAGAGCUUCCACUUGUUUAUGGAAAUCUUCCUAAAGGAAUGGUGUCAGAGCCCUUGGAAGACGUGGAUCCAUACUACCAGAAUAAAAAUACUUUCAUGGUAUUAAAUAAGAAGAGAAAAAUUUUCAGAUUUAAUGCCACCUGGUGUACAUUGUCUCCUUUCAAUUCGAUUAGAAGAGCAACUGUUAAGAUUUUGGUACAUCCAUUUUUUCGACUUUUAAUUUUGAUUAGCGUACUGGUUGACUGCAUAUUUAUGUCCCUGAUUAAGUGGCCAAAGUGGGGACCAGAAUUACAGAUCACUUUGCUUGCAAUUUACACAUUUGAAAUACUUGUAAAACUCAUUGCAAGAGGCAUCUGGACAGGAUCUUUCUAUUUCUUUGGUGAUCCAUGGAACUGGCUUGACUUCAGUGUAACUUUGUUUGAGCACAUAACAAUAUAUUCACCUCUAAACUUCAUACCAAUAUUUAGAGUUGCAAGAAGUUUGAGAAUUUUGAAAAUUAUUCCCUUAAACGAAGGUGUGAAGUCUUAUGUAGGGAUCCUGCUCCGAUGCUUGAAGAAACUUACUGGCAUCAUUGUCCUUACUCUAUUUUUUCUGAUCGUGUUUUCUCUCAUUGGGAUGGGGUUCUUCAUGGGCAACCUGAAGCAUAAAUGUUUCCGGUGGCCCCAGGAAAAUGAAACGGAAAUACUGCACAACAGAACCCGAAACCCAUGUUAUACUCGAGAAACAGAAAACUAUUAUUAUUUGGAAGGAGAAAGAUUUGCUCUCCUUUGUGGCAACAGAUCAGAUGCCAGUCAGUGUCCUGAAGGAUAUGCGUGUAUAAAAGCUGGCAUGAAUCCUGACAAUGGCUACACAAAUUUUGACAACUUUGGCUGGGCCUUGUUAGCCCUGCUCCGGCUGGCGACGCAGGAUUACCCUGAAGCACUCUAUCAUCAGAUUCUUUAUGCUUCUGGAAAGGUCUACAUGAUAUUUUUUAUUAUAAUAAGUUUUUGGUUUGCCUUUUACAUGGCAAGUUUGUUCUUGGGCAUACUUGCAAUGUCCUAUGAAGAAGAAAAACGGACAGCUGCUGAAAAAACUAAGAAGAGUGAAACAGAAUUUCAACACACUUUACUUCAAGAAGAAAAUGAAGCAGCUGAGACCAAGACCACACAAAUAGAAAUGAAGAAAAGAUCACCAACUUCUAUGAUCACGUCUUUGGAUAUGUUGGAUGAUGCUAUCAGACAUGAAGAAGAGCAUAAAAAAUCUCAGAAGAGAUGUCCCUUGUGUUGGUAUAAAUUUGCUAAAAUUUUCUUGAUUUGGAAUUGUUCUCCCUGUUGGGUAAAGUUGAAAGAGUUUGUCCAUGUGAUUAUGAUGAAUCCAUUUACUGAUCUUUUUCUCACUAUCUGCAUAAUUCUAAACAUAUGUUUUUUGGCUAUGGAAUGUUAUCCAUUGAGUGAAACAACAUUAAAUGUUCUCGUCUUUGGAAACCUGGUUUUUAUUGGAAUUUUCACAACAGAAAUGAUUUUAAAAAUAAUUGCCAUGCAUCCAUAUGGGUAUUUCCAAGUAGGCUGGAAUAUUUAUGAUAGUGUAAUUGUGUUCCUUGGUUUAGCAGACCUUUUCCUAGCAAAUGUUCAUGGACUGAUUGCUUUUCGACUAUUCAGUGUGUUGCGAAUUUUCAAGCUGGGGAAAUACUGGCCAACAUUUGAGAUCCUGAAGCUGACUCUUAUAAAGUCACUGGUGGCCCUGAGUGACCUGAUCCUGCUGUUGUUCACAUUCCUGUUCUUCUCUGCUGUGGUCGGCACCAUGCUGCUUGGUUUCAGUUACAAAGCACAUAUCUACAACUUAGACAAAGACUGUCAACUCCCACGCUGGCACAUGACUGACUUCUUCCACUCCUUCCUGAAUGUGUUCCGGGUUCUCUGUGGAGAGUGGAUAGAGACUCUAUGGGAUUGCUUUGACAUAGCAGGCCAGUUCAGUUGUGUUCCUUUUUACAUGAUGGUCAUUUUAAUUGGAAACUUUUUGCUAUUUUACCUGUUUCUGGCUUUGGUGAGCUCCUUUAGCUCAUGCUAUGCUACGGCACAUGCAGAGAAUGAAGAAGCCAAAAAUCUCCAGCGCGCAAUGGCAAGAAUUAAGAAAGGAAUAUGCUAUGUGCUUUCUAAAAUGUUAUGUAAAAGACUAAAUGUUCCCAAGGACACAGUGGACAAUGUAAAUGUUAAGGAGAAUAUUUCUGAUCAUACCCUUUCUGAAUUGAGCAACGCUGAAGAUGCCCUCAAGGACAAGGGGAAAAGCAGUGGCACAGAGAAAACCACAGUGACUGAGAACGAGAGCCAGUCACUCAUCCCCAGUCCCAGUGCUUCUGAAACAGUACCAAUUGCUUCCGGAGAAUCUGAUAUAGAAAAUCUGGAUAAUAAGGAGAUUCAGAGCAAGUCAGGUUUCGGCAGCAGCAAAGAGAAGGUAAAGCCAUCUAGCUCAUCCGAAUGCAGUACAGUUGAUAUUGCUAUCUCUGAAGAAGAAGAAAUGAUCCAUGAACAUGAAAAGCCAAAGCGUCUUAAAAACAGUAAUGAACGAAGAUCUUCACCAGGUCAAAUUAGUAGAGAAUCCAAGAGAGGAAAAAUUUGGCGAAACAUAAGGAAAACCUGCUGCAAGAUUGUAGAAAACAGUUUUUUUAAGUGUUUCAUUGGCCUUGUCACUUUGCUCAGCACAGGUGCUCUGGCUUUUGAAGAUAUAUAUAUCAAUCAAAGAAAGACUAUUAAAAUCUUAUUGGAAUAUGCGGAUAUGAUUUUCACUUAUAUUUUUAUUCUGGAAAUGCUUCUAAAGUGGAUGGCAUAUGGUUUUAAAGCCUAUUUCACUAAUGGCUGGCACAGGCUGGACUUCAUGGUUGUUAUUGUAUUUUGUCUGAACUUAAUAGGCAAAUCUCAGGAACAAAAACUACUUAUGUCCAUUAAAUUCCUUCGGGCACUUAGAGUUCUGUCUCAAUUUGAAAGAAUGAAGGUGGUUGUGAGAGCUUUGAUGAAAACAACUUUACCUGCUUGGAAUGUGCUUCUGGUCUGCCUUAUGAUCUGGCUGGCUUAUAGCAUCAUAGGAGUAAACUUAUUUGCUGGCAAGUUCUAUGAAUGCAUUGACCCAACUAGUGGAGAAAGAUUUCCUACAUAUGAAGUCAGUAAUGAAACUGAAUGUGCAAGCCUCCUAUUCAAUGAAUCCAUGCCAUGGGAGAAUGCAAAACUGAACUUUGAUAAUGUUGGAAAUGGUUUCCUUUCAUUGCUUCAAGUAGCAACAUUUAAUGGAUGGAUCGAUAUUAUGAAUUCAGCUGUUGACUCUACUGGUGUAGAUAUGCAGCCUGAUUUUGAAGCGAAUGUCUAUAUGUAUUGUUACUUUAUUGGUUUUAUUAUCAUUGGAUUAUUUCUUCCUCUGACUAUGCUGGUCGGUAUUAUUCUUGCUAAUUUCAACAAGCAUAAAAUAAAGCAGGGAGGCUCCAAUAUCUUUUUAACAGAAAAACAAGAGAAACAAUAUCUAGCACUGAAGAAACUGAUAUAUGAGGAGGACUCUCAAAAAACAAUACCUCACCCAAGAAACAAGUUCCAGAGAAUCGUCUUUGACUUGGUUACAAGUCAAGCUUUUAAUAUCAUCAUUAUGGUCCUUAUCUGUUUCCAAGCAAUAACCCUUAUGAUUCAAAGUGAUGAACAGAGUAGCCAAAUGGAUACCGCUGUCAUCUGGCUUCAGCUACUUUUCGUUAUUCUAUACACUGGAGAAUGCGUGCUGAAGCUCAUCGCUUUCCGUUGUAACUAUUUCACCAGUGGAUGGAACAUUUUAGAUUUUAUAGUGGUCAUUUUCUCUAUUAUAGGGCUACUUCUGCCUCAGCUAGGAGAAUACUACUUUGUAUCUCCUUCCGUCCUGCAACUGAUCGUUCUCUCCCGGAUCGUCCACAUCCUGCGUCCCGGGAGAGGACCAAAGGUGUUCCAUGAGCUGCUGCUCCCUUUGGUGCUCUUCCUCCCCACGCUGCUGAACAUCAGCCUUCUCAUCUUCCUGGUCAUGUUCAUCUACGCCAUCUUCGGAAUGUACAAUUUUGCCUAUGUUAAAAAGGAAGCUGGGAUUAACGAUGUGUCUAACUUUGAAACCUUUGGCAGCAGCAUGCUCUGUCUUUUCCAGGUUACAAUAUUUGCUGGUUGGGAUGGGAUGCUCAAUGCAAUUUUUAACAGUAAAUGGUCUGACUGUGAUCCCGAUAAAAUUAACCCUGGGACCCAGGUGAGAGGAGAUUGUGGUAAUCCCAUUGUCGGGAUUAUUUAUUUUGUCAGCUACAUCCUCCUAGCAUGGCUGAUCAUUGUCAACAUGUACAUUGCUCUUAUUAUGGAGUUUGUAAAUAUUGGUUCUAAAAAAAGAGCCAAGACCUUGAGUGAAGAUGAUUUUAGGAAAUUCUUUCAGGUAUGGAAGAGGUUUGACCCUGAGGGGACCCAGUACAUAGAUUCUAGCAAGCUCUCAGAUUUUGCAGCUGCUCUGGAUGCUCCUCUUUUCAUGGCAAAACCAAACAAGGGCCAGCUAGUGGCCAUGGAUCUUCCAAUGGCUGUGGGGGACAGAAUUCAUUGUCUGGACAUCUUACUUGCUUUUACAAAGCGAGUUGUGGGUAAAGAUGUGAGGAUGGAGAAACUUCUUUCAGAGAUGGAAUCGGGGUUUAUUUUAGCUAACCCUUUUAAGAUCACAUAUGAGCCCAUUACAACUACCCUGAAACGAAAACAAGAGGCAGUCUCGGCAACCAUCAUCCAGCGUGCUUAUAAAAGUUACCGUCUGAGGCAGAGUGACAAAAAAACAUCAGAUAUCCAUAUGAUAGAUGAUGACAGGGAAGCUCAAGCAACCAAAGAAGAUGCCUAAUUUGAGAAAGUUUAGGAAAAUCAACUAUUCAAAGCCAGAUCUAGUUCCAUCUACCGCCUUUUCACCUUCUUUACAUAGCUCAAAAAUGUUAAAAGUCUAAGACAGAAAUAAAAGCUUAGAGAUAGUAAAGAUUUCACUUAAUCAUCAAUUGUUUACAACUCAUGGAAGUUAAGCUUGUUUUCACAAGAUUUUUAUAUUAAAUUCACCAUUUUACCCCUCUGUAUUCAACAUAACCAAGAUAACACUUUAAGUCACUGUAGUGAAUUAAAGUGGCUUAAAUGCCCCAUUUGAUAACCCAAUGUGUGGGUUCUAUAUAUGAUUUACAUAGUGUGUACUUCCUCUGGAGAAUGGGGAGGAGGUGGCAGAGAUUAGUAGCAAAAGGGUCUUUUAUAUUUUAUGUAUAUUUAAUUUGAUGGGAUUUAAGUCCCCUCUUUCUUAAUAUAGGAUAGUGUUUAAAAACAGUUCAAUGCUACAAGCUAUUAAAUCAUGAACUCAGCUACGCAGAUGCCAAUUGGGGGAAGAUGAAGGACAGUUCUUAGAAAGUGCCUUUAAGAUCAAUCACAAAGACCUUGGGCUGAAUCAAACCACAUUUGAAAAAGAUUGAUUGGAGAUCUCUUAUUGUUUUCUUUUUCUUUUUGGUAUGAGGAAGGGGGAUUCAUGUUUUUCAUUGUUCUUGGAUUCCUGGUUUCUCAUCUCUGGCUAGUUUCACCUAAGCUCAGCUCUUCAGCAGAAUGAUUCUUAGAAGAAGAAAAAUAAAGGGAAACACAUUUUUUUAAAGUGUACAUUUAUUACAAUGAUAUAUAAUAGUCUAUGCUAAUAGACUCAAGUCUUGCACUAUCAUAGGCCUGAUGUAUUUUGCUAGUUAUCCAUAAUGUAACAUUGAGUAUAUAAGAUCUGGCAAAUGCAUAUAAUAAAAUGAAUUACAAGAGUCAAGGGCUACCAUUGUGUCUAGGGAUUUCCACAGUGUCUUGAUCCUGGGAAAUUGGCCAAUUUCAUUGGGAAACUGACAAAUUUGAAGUACGUUUUGCUGUAUUUUAUGGUUCUUUAUAAUUUAGAGAGAGAAAAUGAUCAAAGAAACUGUGAGAACUCUGAAUUAGAAGAUUAAAGUGUAAGUUUGCUAUUGGGAUUUUAUAACAUUAAUGUAUGCAAGUUAGGUUACACUUACUCAUUCAUCUUUCCAAGUUCUUUGUUGUUUCUGUCCCAUCACAUACAUAACUACUUUGUAAAAUGUUUUAUGUCUGAAACACUUUAAUUUUAGGUAUUAAAAUUAUUUUGAAAAGAUAGGCACAAAAUUGUUUUUCGAUAUCAUCAUAAAAAUGCAGUCACAUCCACUAAGUUUGAGAUCCUGGAAUUUAUUCAUUUUGUAUAAAAUUUGCUAUCAAUGUGCCUAUAAAACCCUAAAGGAUUCAAAACAAAAAUAAUCUAUACUGUAAGCUUAAAUGACAAGUUUUCAAUAUGUUGUAGGACAUUCAAUGCCGUUCAAAUAUCAAUUGUAUUUUAUUAUGAAUGCAUGAUCUUGAGCCUUAACUGUUAUAAUCUAACUAUCUUUGCUCCUCAGAAAUGUAUUGAUCUGACCAAGAUGCCUUUGGGGAACCUUAUCCCCCUGAGCAAGUAUAACUUCAGGGUUCUGUGUUCUCCUAUGUGCUGCUUCCCUCUCUCCUCCCGCUCUCCAUCAGGAAUGUGAUGGGGACCAUAAGAGAUCAGCGUUAACUUGGGAACCUGUUGACCUGGUGCUUUAUCUAAGCUUAUCAGUUUUCUGUGCCUUGGAAGUGCUUUAAUGCAGAUACUGCUUCCGAUAUUUAACCUAAUCUUAACUUGCUUCUGUAAAUUCCAUAAAGACCACAAACUGAUUUUAGUUUGAAAGUUAUAUCCCUUACUUGUAAACUGUGUUUGCCACUAACUUGUGUAAAGAAUUAUUUUUAACAAAGUCAUACAAUAUAUUCUACUUUUCAGAUACUUUAGAGAAAAUAAUAAAUGCAACCUGUUAA